GCCCCAGUGGUGACGGUGAGCAGCAGGACGGAGGCCGACGAUGGGACGGAAAAUCACGUCUGCCGCGUGGAUGGCUUCUACCCCAAGGAGAUCGAUGCCUCCUGGAGGAGGGACGGGGAGGUCUGGCUGCAGGACAACUUCCAUGGGUCUGUGGCCCCCAAUGCAGAUGGGACCUACCACUACUGGCUCAGCAUCCGGAUUGAUCCCCAAGAGAGGGACCGCUAUCGGUGCCACGUGGAGCACGAUGGCCUGCAGGAGCCUGUGGCCAUGAAGGAAAGGCCUUCCCAGGGUCCCCCCCGCCAACCCUGGGGUGUGUGUGAGGCAAGAGGAUUCCCACAUCCUGGGCUGCCUUCCUGGCAGUUAAAAGCUCCAAACGCAAAGGCGGAAACAGUUUCUGUCCUGCCACUCCCUGGCCAGGUAACAGUGGGGAUCCACUCCUUUCUUCUCCUCCAGGGGACAGACCAAUCUUACAAGAGAGGAACAAAAUGAAACUCUGUACUUAAAAGAAAAAAAGAUAGGUGAUAUGAACCCUUUUACUUUAAAUGAUUAAAUGCAAAUAUUCAAGCUUAAGAAAAAAGAUAGCUGCCCAAUUCCACCCAGAGUCAUGACAAAUU